AUGGACUUGGACCGGGGGUGUCUGUUCAUCUUGUAUGUGCUGCGGCUGCUGCAACUGCUGGUUGGGGCCACAUUCAUCAUUCUCACCACCAAGAGCGGGUUCCAGGGCCCCGUGUACUUUGCACUCUUCACGUCUGCAUUCUUCUGCCUGACGACCCUGCUCCUCUCCUUCAUGACGCUGUUUGACAAAUACAGGAAGCGGCUCAACAUUUUUCACGAUCUGUUGGCUGCUGCGCUGUACAUCGCCUUGAUGGGCAUCAUGAUCGACCAGACGCUGCGCCAAAGUUACUGCAGCUUCGAGGAUUACCCGCUGCCCUGCGCCUACAAUGUCUUUCUUGGGGCUGCCAUCUGUGGCGGAUUCUGCCUUGGCCUCUACUUGCUCUCGGCAUGCUGCCUAGGUUUGGCUCAGGGCCAGUAG